CUCUCUCACUCUCUCUCUCUCUCUCACUCUCUCUCUCUGUGGUUUUCAGCCGGAUGUCUCAGAACUCUUAGCUAUCUCAUACCAUAGGCUAUACUACUUGCUCUUCAAGUUGACCAUUGUAACAACAUUAAAACAACUCUUUUGAUGAGGCAGCUAACCUAAACAUAGUUGACUAAAAUCUGUGAAAAAACACAAUGAGCUAUUUAUUAGGUCAUUUCACCUAGAUCUGUAGUUCAUAGUCAAACACAACACAGUUUUAACUGUGAAGUAUUAUCAUCACCUAUAGGCCUAGAGGAAUCUGCCUCCUCAAUAACAAAAUCAUGGGAUUCUAUCCAUCCAAUCCAAUUGAGUGUAAGUUCUGAAAUUUAGAUUUUUUUUUCAAUAGAUGUUUUUUUUGUGUGAGGUGAAGUGACUGUGUGGUGGCAGAAGCCCUAGUGGAUGACAGUGUCAUUGUAUGCAUGUUCCCAAAAAGGUCACAACCAACAGUCUCUUGACGUAGACAACAGGAGAUGUAGUGGUAAAGAAUAAUGAAUUCCAAACUUGAAUGAUUAUAACUACAUUUGGACUAAAUAUUUAAGGAUAAGAAUAUACCUAUAAUAAAAUAUGUGUGUGUCUGAUUCAGUCCAGCCUGGAUACUCUAUGACUCUGUACAAUGUGAAGAAGAUUUACGCAACGGAAUAAGGCGUUAACAAAAAUGAUGGGUCCAGUUCGACCAAUCACCUGCAACUCCAUUGUUGAAGUGUUGUCUACAUUGGUGGACUUUUUCCACUCAAGACAAGUUGUGAGGAGGAUGACAACUGCAAAGAGGUUCACACUGUGUCUGAUAUUUCCACUUCUUGUAGAGAUGGGACGGUGGUCUCAUAUCAGCCAACGUUGGAGAUGCAGUGAUUGUGCACUGCUUCUAUAAAGGCCACAUGGACAUGUAUUUCUCCUGGUACAAGCAACCCUUGGGAGAUAAGCUUCAACUCUUCUCAACUGUCUAUAAGUUUGAGAGGAACGCAACAUUUUACCUUGAGUUUAAGGAUAACCCUCGAUUCUCAGUGGAAAACGGCCAAGAAAAGAAUCACCUAAAGAUCUCAGACAUGCAGCUCUCUGAUUCAGGCACAUACUACUGUGGAAGCGCUUAUGGCAACAAAGUGGAGUUUGGAGAAGGAGCUAUUCUCAUAAUAAAAGGUUCAGGGUCCAGAAACAUGACUGUGCUCCAGCAGCCUGUGUCUGAGUCAGUCCAGCCAGGAGACUCUGUGGCUCUGAACUGUACAAUACACACUGAGACCUGUGUAGGAGAACACAGUGUCUAUUGGUUCAGACAUGGCUCAGGAGAAUCCCGUCCAGGAAUCAUUUACACCCAUGGAGACAGGAGUGAUCAGUGUGAGAAGAUCUCUGAGUCUGGGUCUCCUACACAGAGCUGUGUCUUCAACCUCCCUAAGAGGAACCUCAGCCUCACUGAUGCUGGGACUUACUACUGUGCUGUGGCCUCAUGUGGGGAGAUACUGUUUGGGAAUGGGACCAAACUGGACAUUCAAGUUCCAGAGCAUCAUCCUCCAUUUGAUCUGAGUCCUACUGUUCUGUCAUUGGUCGUCUCCAACAUCGUUCUGGGGAUAGUGACCCUUCUACUUGUCUGGGCGCUGUGCAAGACUCUGAACAGAGAUAGCAGAGGGAGGACUGAUGUCCCAACAUCCCACGUCAAUCAGAAUCAAGACAGUGACGUGUUGAACUACGCAGCUGUCAGUUUCACCCCCAAGAAGAAGUCCACCAAGGACACCAAGAAGAAAUAUGACUAUUUAUAGCCUAAUAGAACUGCUUUUAGUAACAAAAAAAUAGUAUGGAUUUUUAAAUGUUACGAAGAAACUGUUAUUUUAACAUGGUCUGUAUGCUGGAUGUAUAUAAUGAUCCUGUAAUGAUCAUAAAAUAGCCAUAACCUUUUACAGCUUUUUAUUGUAAGAAAUAAUCUGAUAGAGAAUCCCAUUUUUGCUGUAUGACUGUGUGUUUUUAACAUAAUAAACCAUUAAUUUAUACACUC